CUUAUUAUUGAUCUCAACAUGGAUGGCUGUAACAUGGAUCUAUGAUAAUAAUGUUAACAGACUAUUUGGUGUAGAACUCAUUUUCCCACGGUCCCCUUCUGCAGUGAUGUGGGGAGUGGUUGAAUGAGGUAAUUGGUGUGUUUGUGUGUGUGUGUUCGUGCGUGUGUGUGCGAGUGCUCUGGUUCAUCCCAGAGCUAGCUGUCAGUAGCACACACAGUAUCUCCGUUCUGCAGAACCAGACAUGAGGAACAAGGAUUAUGGUAAAACCGUUGAUGAUUGUUUUGAUUUACCGGGACGUGUGAAGGCGGAGCUUGCUUUGUUACGGAUUGAACCCCCUACCGACUGACAGAAUGCACCGGGACCGCAACGGAACCGUCGCCCAGGCGCGGUGAGAGCUCGUGAUUAGGCUAUUUAUCUCUGUACUGAGCGUCAGCUAGGCUGAUUACGGAGCUAAUACCACCGGUUAACGCGAUCCAUUCUGUGGAUUAAAUCAUUACUGUUGUCGGUGAGAAACACACGGAUAGAUAGAAUUAAGAAUGAGAGUAUAACAUUUAACAAGUAUUAUAUAAUAAUCGAUAUGAGAAGGCCUGGGUGCCAGAGAGAUUCUAGAUGAAAACAGACAGAGAGAAUUUUAGAAAAUACAUAAAUAAAUGUGUUUUAACUGAGAGCCCAGCGACAGAUUAUGAUUAUUAAUAUUACUAAUAUGAUUAAUAUGAUUCAUUAACUGGCUAAUGUAAUGUUAUUGGUAAACAGGCUAAAUUAAGGUUAGGCCUGUUGUUACAUUAUAGGCUGCCUGUUACUGUAGUCAUAUAGGCCUACUGAAUUACUAUAGGCUGACUAAUAGUGGAUCACUUUAUUUCACUGUUGGACUACAGAAAUAACCAGUCAGUUAAUUAGUAAUAAUAUGAUAAUAACAUAGUAACUGCUCGAGGCCUAUGAAUUUGUUUAAUUUCAACCAUUUGGCACCAUUCUGUUGAAGGCGGUACCAGAAGGCAUACCUACCCAUUGAUACAAUAACAGAUCAGAUAUCCCAGUCAGAUCAAUACCUGAUCAAUACACAGGAAACAGCAUCCGGUAAGGAGAAAGAUAUAUGAUAUAAUUGUAGAUAUUAAUCUAUAGUAUAUAGUAAUAAAUAACUCAUAGUCCUGAUGUCUAAGGUAAAGAGUAGUGAGACGGUGAAGGUAGUAAUCCGCUGUCGCCCGUUAAACCGGAAAGAGGAGGCGGCUGGUGUUACCCGUAAACCGGGAGGAGUGGGCGGGAUCGUAGAAAUGGACAUGCGUCUGGGUCAGGUGGUCUUACGGAACCCUCGUGGUCCGCCCGGCGAGCCGCGUAAAACGUUUACAUUCGACUCUGUGUACGACCCCUCGUCUAAACAGCGUGAUCUUUAUGAUGAGACGGUGCGGCCGCUGAUCGAUUCCGUCCUAGACGGGUUUAACGGAACUAUCUUCGCCUACGGCCAGACGGGUACCGGGAAGACCUACACCAUGCAGGGGGUGUGGCUAGAGCCAGAGAAGCGGGGCGUCAUCCCCAACGCCUUCGAUCACGUCUUCACCCAGAUCUCCCGCUCCGCCGCCGACCGCCAGUACCUGGUCAGAGCCUCUUACCUGGAGAUCUACCGAGAGGAGAUCAGGGAUCUACUGGAUCCCAACGUGCACGCCCCUCAUGUCCCCAACGUGCACUCCCCUCAUGUCCCCAAUGUGUACACUCACACCCACCGCACCCUGGAGCUGAGAGAGAGCCCGGAGAGCGGGGUGUAUGUGCGUGACCUGACUUCGUGCGUGUGUAAGAGCGUGAAGGAGAUACAGGAGCUGAUGAACGUAGGGAACCAGGUGCGCUCGGUGGGAGCGACAGACAUGAACGAACACUCUUCCCGUUCCCACACCCUGUUCCUCAUCACGGUGGAGUGUUCCCUGCCGGGGCCGGACGGACGGCAGCACAUCAGGGUAGGCCGGCUCAACCUGGUUGACCUGGCGGGCAGCGAGCGGCAGGCCAAGACGGGCGUCCACGGAGAACGCCUGAAAGAGGCCGCCAAGAUCAACUUGUCUCUGUCGGCACUAGGCAACGUGAUCUCAGCUCUGGCAGACGGGCGUAGCGGCCACGUUCCGUACCGGGACUCCAAACUGACCCGGUUAUUACAGGACUCUCUGGGAGGCAACGCCAAGACGGUGAUGGUGGCUACACUAGGCCCCGCCCCCCAACACUACGAGGAGACCCUCACCACGCUCCGCUACGCUAACAGAGCUAAGAACAUCCAGAACCAACCAAGAGUUAACGAAGACCCUAAAGACGCCCUGCUCAGAGAGUUCCAGAAGGAGAUCGCACGGCUCCGCGCACAGCUCAGCCACAGGGAAGGGAGGGGCAAAUACAGGAAGGAGGAUGGAGAGGAGGGCUGGGACGGAGAGGGGGAUGAGGAGGGAGAGGAGGAGGUGGAGAAGGAGAGGACGCUGCAGGAGGAGAGGCUGGAAGAGGAGAAGGAGGCCAUCAGAGAAGACGGAUCACUAUUGGCUGAGGAGAAGCAGAGGCUUCUGGGAGAGAAGGAGAGGAUGAUGGGAGAUCUGAGGAAGGAGCGGGACGCCACCGAGCAGCUGACUGCCAAGUACAAGGCGAUGGAGAGCAAGCUGCUGGUUGGAGGGAGGAACAUCAUGGAUCACACCAACGAACAGCAGAAGACCCUGGAGAUACGCAGACAGGAGAUCGCUGAGCAGAGCCGUAGAGAGAGGGAGAUUCAGCAGCAGGUGAUGGUUCAGGAUGAAGAGACUCUAGAACUCAAAGAAACAUUCUCCUCCUUGCAACAGGAAGUGGAGGCCAAGACCAAGAAACUGAAAAAGCUCUAUGCUAAGCUGCAGUGUGUGAAGGCUGAGAUCCAGGACGUUAAUGAUGAGCACGUCAGGAGUCGACAGGAGCUGGAGCAGACGCAGAACGAACUCACCAGAGAACUCAAGUUCAAGUAUCUGAUCAUAGAGAACUUCAUUCCUCCGGAGGAGAAGAAUAAGAUCAUGAACAGACUGACCUUUGACCCUGAGGAGGACCAGUGGAAGUUCACACCCCUCGUCUCUGCAGAGAGGUCAGGUCGGUUCAGCCAGAUGAAGAAGAGGCCGGCUUCUGCAGUCGGAUACAAACGACCAAUCAGCCAGUACGCACGGGUCUCCUUAGCGAUGGGAGCCCACUCCAGAUACCGGGCCGAGAACAUCAUGUUCCUGGAGCUGGACAUGACUCAUCCCACCACUGUCUCUUUGGACCACCGGCCAUCGGAGGUGGGGCCUAAUUAUAGCCCCUACCCGACAGACAAGGAGCGAGCUACACGUGUCCGCAUGUCACGAUCCUGGUGUCAGACUCCGCGAGCCAUCACUUCCUCCACCUCCACCGCUUCCCUGGCAACCCAUUCUACAGCCACGCCCACUGCCACCCAGUGAAGAGCAGCCUACCUCACUACCUAUCCCUCUUUCCCUCUCCCUUCCAUAUCUCUCCCUUCCAUAUCUCUCCCUUCCAUAUCUCUCCCUUCCAUAUCUCUACCUUCCAUAUCUCUCCCUUCCAUAUCUCUCCCUUCCAUAUCUCUCCCUUCCAUAUCUCUCUCUACCUUCCAUAUCUCUCUCUCCCUUCCAUAUCUCUCUCUACCUUCCAUAUCUCUCUCUACCUUCCAUAUCUCUCUCUACCUUCCAUAUCUCUCUCUACCUUCCAUAUCUCUCUCUACCUUCCAUAUCUCUCUCUACCUUCCAUAUCUCU